AACUCAUUUCAAGCGGCAGAUUUAUACAAAUACUUUGCCACUCAUACCUCACCUCCAGCUGUGUCCACAGGCAGCUUCUGCAUCCCGCUCUACAUCCCCUACGUGCUGACGGGAGAGUGGAGGCUCGGCCGGGGCUUGUGCAAGCUGUGGCUGGUGGUGGAUUACCUGGUGUGCACCGCCUUCUUCAACAUCGUCCUUAUCAGCUUCGACAGGUUCAUCUCUGUCACUAAGGCGGUAAGGGCUGCACUCCAGGACACAAACAGCAAACGCCCGGGGUUAGCAGAGAGAUGCCCAGCACUGAGCAGCUGCAGGAGGGUCUUGGUUGGGUAUUUUACUCUAUACUACUGCUGCUGUGGUUUACUGAGCAUCCUUCCAGAAGGAGAAUGUCAUGCAGAGUUCUUCUACAACUGGUAUUUCCUAAUGAUUGCUUCUACCAUUGAAUUCUUUACACCUUUCAUCACUGUUACAUACUUCAACUUAAGCAUCUACCUCAAUAUUAGGAAACGCAUAUCCCUUAGAAAUGGAAACUCAUCUCCUGGCCAAGAGGACUGUGAAAUGAGUUUCCAAGGAAAAAAACGGGAACACACCAUAUUUUUUGUAAAACCUGCUAACAGACAAAAGCACGAGAAGAAGAAAGCAAGCAGCCUUUCUCCCCUGCAGAAGGCUUCAAGGCUCAGCCUAUGUAAAUCUGACCAUCAGUCAUUAAAUCUGAAUGUCAAUCAAGACCUUACACCACUUCAGGAGGACGUAGAGACCAAGCCUCAUAGGAACAGUUUCUAUAAAAUGACAGAAAAUACAGGUGACACCACAGUGAGAGCAGACACUGCUAUGACAACUGGGGAGUGUCUCACUAUUAAUAUUUCUAAGUAAACACCAGUAAGAAACUUAAUUGUUAGUUUGGAUUUGUUAUAUUUUACCCACAGCCACUCGGUAAGGUCUUCAAGGUCUUAGCAGCUAAGUGUAUGUAUUUUGGGAAGGAAAUUCCCAAUCCCUAAUUAAAUAACGGUACCCAGAAAAAGCUUAGAACAAGAGGUACCAGAACAGUCAGGUUACCAGAACAGCUGAACAACUGUACCAAUAAAGGAGCACUGACAUGGGUGGAAAAGGUAAUUUGUUUCCACCUUCAUUAAUAUUUUCUACAGUUUAAAAGACACUUACUUCUGAGGACAAUUCAUAGCUAUUGAACAGCCACAGUCAACCACUGCUGCUGCCAUAAAGCAUGUUUGCACAUCUGAUCUUAAAGUUCACAAAUGAUGAAGUUCAUUUUGUAAAAUUUCAAUAAAGGUAAUUACAAACCAUGAAAGAGUUACAACUGUCAUCUUAACCAAGAGCAUAUAGAAAUAAGCACUGGCUUAUAACAUUAACAGAACUACAGCUGAAACCACACAACUAUUAUUAAAAAGUAAUUCCUGAGUUAUAAGUUACCUUAAGAAUUAAACUUAGUUUCCCAAAUAUUCUAGGAUAAGAGGGUGUAUUCCAAUCAUAUGAGUGUAUCUACAUG